UUUUCCUUUUCCUGCCUCCAAAUGCCUUCUCCGAGGCUGAAGCUGGGCAGGUCUCCAAAGGUACAGCAGCCACAACAAUCCCGCAGUUCAAAGUUAAGCAGCAGUUGCACAACUUCCAGCAACUCUCUUAACAGGCUGCUAAUGAGCUGAAAGCCAGAAACAUCUAAGGAGGUGAAGAGGAAGCUUCUAGUUCUCCACCCUCCACCCUGGAAAUCCAGAUAUUCCCAGCCCCCUUCAGAUAACUUUGAGUUCCAGUGGUUGGUGUUCCCUUGCCUAACGGACCAUGGCUCCCUUUGGAAGAAACUUGCUGAAGACUCGACAUAAAAACAGAUCUCCAACUAAAGACGUGGAUUCCGAAGAGAAGGAAAUUGUGGUUUGGGUUUGCCAAGAAGAGAAGACGGUCUGUGGGCUAACCAGACGCACCACCUCUGCUGAUGUCAUCCAGGCUUUGCUUGAAGAACAUGAGACUGCAUUUGGAGAGAAACGAUUUCUUUUGGGGAAGCCCAGUGAUUACUGCAUCAUAGAGAAGUGGAGAGGAUCUGAAAGGGUUCUUCCUCCACUAACUAGAAUCCUGAAGCUUUGGAAAGCAUGGGGAGAUGAGCAGCCUAAUAUGCAGUUUGUUUUGGUUAAAGCAGAUGCUUUUCUUCCAGUUCCUUUGUGGCGGACAGCUGAAGCCAAAUUAGUGCAAAACACAGAAAAACUAUGGGAGCUCAGCCCAGCAAAUUACAUGAAGACGUUACCACCAGAUAAACAAAAAAGAAUCGUCAGAAAAACUUUCAGGAAACUGGCUAAAAUUAAACAGGGCUCAGUUUCCCAGGAUCGAGACAGUAUGGAAACAUUAGUUCAUCUGAUUAUUUCCCAGGAUCAUACUAUUCAUCAGCAAGUCAAGAGAAUGAAAGAGCUGGAUCUGGAAAUUGAAAAGUGUGAAGCAAAAUUCCACCUUGACCGGGUAGAAAAUGAUGGAGAAAAUUAUGUCCAGGACGCAUACUUAAUGCCCAAUUUCAGUGAAGCUGAGCCAAAGCUAGGCUUGGAGUAUGAUGAAAACCAGAUUCUGGAGGACCCGAGUGAAAGUGAUGGAAUUCUACAGCUGGAGGAACAACUCACAUAUUACAGAAAGCUCAUUGAUAAGCUCUCGGCCGAAAUAGAAAAAGAGGUGAGAAGUGUUGGCACUGAGAUAGAUGAGGAUGCAGAAGGGGCAGCUGCAAGUGAACUUGAAAGCUCUAAUUUAGAAAGUGUUAAGUGUGAUUUGGAGAAAAGCAUGAAAGCUGGUUUAACAAUCCACUCUCACUUGAGUGGCAUCCAGAAAGAGAUUAAAUACAGUGACUCAUUGCUUCAGAUGAAAGCUAAAGAGUAUGAGCUCCUGGCCAAGGAGUUCACUUCACUUCAUAUCAGCAACAAAGAUGAAUGCCAGCAGAAGGACAGCAGAGGGAAGGAAUCUGAGGUCACUACCACCAGCGGGGAGGUUCCUCCUUUUACUCAAAAAGUAUUUAACACGCACACAAAUGACACAGACUCAGACACUGGGAUUAGCUCCAACCACAGUCAAGACUCAGAAGCAACUGGAGGCGAUGUGGUGCUGUGGUCAACAUAAUUUGAAAGGCUUCUUUCUGACCUACUUUAAUGUUCGUGUAAUAGGAAACCUUAUUUUAAAUAGUACAUCCUGGGAAAAAUGUAAAUCACGUUAAAGUAUUCAGGAGUUAAUAAAAAGUAGAGAAAUCUGUAACCUUGUUUUUGAUUUAAGAUUUCCGACCUGACCUAAUUAUUUUAAGUUCAAACAAUGGACUGUUAGGCAUGCAGCACAAAUAGCUUGCAGGUGUAUAACAGAAAUAAUUUGAUGGAAUUAUAAUCUCCCACAGCUUCUAUGAGAAAUGAUUUCUUCAAGCUAAUUCUUGAUAUUAUGUAGUCAAUAUAUUGAAACUGUACAUAUGAACAAGAAAAAUUAAAAUGCGCUGUAAUAUA